AUGCUGUCCUUUCAAGACAAAGUAUUCUUCUACCUUUGCAUAUCGUUCGCCACAUUUAAAACAGUUUAUUCAAUAAACUGCUACCAGUGUUCUGGGACGGAUUCGAAUAAUCCUUUUCAAUGUAAUGAGUUUUUAGAGACUGAUGUCGAUUUACAACCUACCGAUUGUGCGACGAUACAUAACGCUCAGUAUUGUAUCAAGCACGUCGGCCGGUUCGAAGGUGGUAUCAGCACAAAGAGGUUUUGCUCAUCAUUAGAUUUAGGUAAUUACUGCAACUAUGUACAACAGCCGGGUGACAAACUGGAGUACAGAACUUGCAUAUUUACCUGUGGCAGUGACGGAUGCAAUGCUGCGACAAACUUAAGUUUCUCUGCCCUUCCGUUAAUAUUACUCUUUGCAGCCACUUAUUUUACGUACAAAUUCUAA